UGUAUGCUGGUCUGUUCAUUUUCCCUCGUCUUUCCUGUAAACCUUUCUCUAAACUUGUCUUUUCUUCCGUGGGUGCUUUCUGCUCCUUCUGUUUGUCUUCCACCUUCAAUAAACAAAGUUUUUCUCAUUCAUUCCCAAAUCCUUUCACUCUUCCUCUUUCUUCAGUUUCUGAAUGUCCUCCAACCUUCCAGCAUUUUGACACCAGACAUGGUCCAGGUCUUGAAAGCUGUUUAUUAGCAUGGUGUUGUAUAUACUGUUGCAGACUCUUCCUCACAGAUUGCAUUCUACUGGGAAUGCUUAUUUCAUUACUUCUGUCUUCCUCAGAUACCAUCAAACCGAGUCUCCUCCAGUCUCUCUCUUUCUCUCUCUUUCUGUCUCACACACCUCUCUCUCUCUCUCGCUCUCUCUUCCUCUCUUUCUGUCUCCAUCUCAGUAUCUCUGCGCAAUGGAACCUGCCAUCAGCACACUGGUCUCCCAGUUCAAGACCUUUGCAGGGAAGGAUGGAUCCUCUGACACGCUGAGCAAAGAGGAGUUCCGCAGCUUGGUGGCAUCCCAGCUCCCCAACUUUGUCCAGAACUCCAGUGACCCAGCAGUGAUCGACCAGCUCAUGGGCUCAGUGGAUGAAAACAAUGACGGCGAGCUGACCUUCCUGGAGUUCUGGCAACUGAUUGGCAGUCUGGCUAACAAGCAGGGAGGCUUCAGCCAAUAGGAGAACAAGUGUACGAGCCAGAUUUCCAUGCCCUGAUGGAAAGAUCAAGUAUUUUUGGCCCAAAGGUCAACUACAAUGAAAAUGUUUCUGUUUUUUUCUGUUCUGUACAUGAGUAUAAUUGAUUUAUUUAUUGACAAGGUUUUGCCCUGAAAAAUCCUGGCUCUUCCAUGAAUCACCCACUCAUUCUCUGCACUACUCUGCUCUGCUACCAUUAGCUUCUCACUGCACCAUUCUAAGCACUCUUGUCUUUCUCUCCCUGUUUAGCCAGAUUAAUUGUGUUACAAAACUGUACUUCUGCAAUAUCCUCACCAACUACACUAAAACUAACCCUAUAUUUCCUGACAAUGCAUAAACACACAAACUACAUUUCUGGACUUCAUACCAGGUGGAAGUGAAGAGACUCCAAUAAUGGAACAGUAGACAGCAACUAAAUUGGGUUUGUGGAUUAGAGAACGGACAUAUCAGUACUAGAUGUUUGUAUAAUAUCUAGAUGUGUUCUGGUUUUUUCAUGCAGUCUCUCAUUUCUUAUUUUCCUUCUCUGUACAUUGUGAACCUGUAAUCUACCCAGGGCCGCAGUCUUAAUUAAAUACAACUUGUUGAAAA